AUGACGAGCAAUGAUCAGGGUCCAUCGAGUAUUGAAGCAUGGGAGGCUGAAUAUCAGGCGCUGCAAGCUCGCAAGGGUGUUGUUCGUUCACAGCCGCAACAAGAUGGGGGGUUCUUUGGCAAGAUUGGGCAGGCCUUCACGCAGGUUUUGGAACCGAAAUCCGAUCCCAUCAUCAUGGCAAACCUGGAAGCUUCUGAGGCGAAGAAGGGACCGCGCCAGCUAGAUGCUCCUCCUGUCGAUGGUUUCCGGGUGGUGAGGGAAUAUCAGCAUGUGAAGGAGAGCUUUACGCAGGGCGUUGAGUGGGUGCACGGGGAGAAGGUCUGGUACGAAGGAAGCGGAGGCCCGAGUUUCUCGCACGGAACUAGGAUUUUCAAGAUGGACCUUGAGACCGGCAAGGUGCUGCAGUACAGGUCUCUUCCUACAAGACACUUCGGGGAAGGCAUCACCGUGCUGGGCAACAAGCUGUACCAGCUCACCUGGCGGUCCAACGUUGGCUUUGUAUACGACAAGGACACUUUGGAGCUCCUGGAUGACUUCCAUUACGACCACGAGGGCUGGGGCCUGACUAACAACGGAAAGGAGCUCAUAAUGUCGGAUGGAUCGGCCACUCUCUACUUCCACGACGCUGAGACGUUGAAGGAGACGCGCAAGAUGACGGUCCGAUACCUGGCUAAGCGAUCGGGCGAGAUGACCCCGCUCCGACGAUUAAACGACCUGCAGUGGGUGAAGGGGAAAGUCUUCUCAAACAUCUGGGAGGCAGACAGAAUUGCAGUGAUCAACCCUGACACAGGUAUCGUGGAGAGGUUCAUAGACUUGAAGGGGAUGCUGGACGAGAGCGACCCUUGGAUUCAGAAGUGGACUAGAUCAGAUCGUUGUCUCAACGGCAUCGCAUAUGACGAGGUCACUUUGAGCAUCUCCAUAGAGCCGGAUCAUAGAGCCGGGUCUGACUUUUGCAUACAUAAGGUGGAGGAUCGUUUGUUCGUGACCGGAAAAAUGUGGACCAAGAUCUACGAGAUUGAGGUGGUCGAGGGUGCAGGGGACAAGGAGGAAAUGGAUAAGAAAGCGCUUCCUAAGGACUAUUACAACCCUGCUGGGUCUUUCGACCCGCUAGGUAUGUCUCGCUGA